AUGAAACGUGUUCUACUAAUAAUCGUUUGCAAUAUUAUAUUUGCGAAAACUUUUCAAGUACCCAAGAUCACCAGUGUCACCACUUUAGUUCCAGCCGGCUUACUCGUCAAAUGGGAUUCCAAUAAUGAUGUGGUUGAUGGAUUUAAAAUUAGCGUGUGGGAAGUGGAAAUCUCUAGUCAGGGUCGUUUCAAACUAUUGAAUGGGGAUGAAAUACCAGGAUUACUUCUAGAACACAAAGCUAUUGAGCCAAUGGCUCAUAAUAAAUUGCCCAAAAGCAAGCCGAUUCAAGUCGUAGUGCGAGAUCCGGAAGCAAGAGAAGCAAAGAUAAACAAACUAAAGUAUAAUACUCUUUAUGAAGUUCGUGUUUUAGCGUACAAAGGUGAUGGAGAAUCAGGGUUGUCUCCACCUACAAGGAUACAGUUGAUAAAAGCAGAUGACGCCAUCAAUGUCGUAGCUGCGCAAAAGGAAAAUGACGUCUGUAUUGCAACUGUAGUAACCACCAUUGACUAUAAGGGUGAAAAGUACAAUUAUCAUAGAAACGUUUAUAUAUGA